AUGGCGCCCAAGUCCCGCGAGAACGUCAACAGCGAUAUCGAGUCCAGCGACGACGAAGGCAUCAAGAACCUUGACUACAAGCCCCCUCGGGAUUUCUCAUUGCAUACGGCCAAGAAGCACGCACACUCAGUAUUCGACGUGGAUGAAGCAUCCAAGCACGAGCUCUGGCUGAUCAGGGUCCCCGAGGGCGUCACAAACGAGGAUCUCGAAACCAUGUCUAUCACCCUCCCCCCUUCAACCAAACCAACAACAUCAAAGGAAACCACCACACUCGGCUCAUUGAAGAAGAAGGAAAUCUCGGCCUACUCCUCUGCGACCACCACCAUUAAAUACUACCUCCAGACCGUUUCGCCCGACUCUGGAAUCGCCGGAGAGAUGCUUUCACUCCAGCCCCUGAUCCCCGCCGCUAACAAGGGAGGUCGUCUUCUUCAGGCACCCAAUGGAGUACACCAACACCUCGCCCUCGUUGCUUCUACCUCUAUCCCUUCAGGACAGACCUUGGGAGAGGAGAUCUUGUCUCGCCCUGUCCCCAAACGCGACCAACCCGAGGGUUUGAAGCAGAGAUUCCAGUUUGCUGGAGCCGAUUCCCCAGCCCCUGGAGCAAAGUUGUCAGGAUCGGGCAAAAAGUUUGCUGCUGAAUGGUUGAAGACCUUGGAGAAGAGAGCAAGCGAGGCAGAGGAAGAAGCAGAGAAGAAGCGUCAGAAGGAGUUGGAGGCUGCCAUGGAGGAUGACGAGGAAUUGGAGGAAGUUGCUGCAGUUGAGGAGGCAGAGGAGGAGGAGGAGGCAGAGGAGGAACAGGAGCAAGAGGUGGAAGAGUCACAGCCAUCACCAGCCAAGAAGCGCAAGGGCGAGGAUAUGGAGGUCGAUGGAUCAGAGGAGAAGAAGGUCAAGAAGGAAAAGAAGGACAAGAAAAAGAAGGAGAAGAAGAACAAGGAUUAA